AUGAUGUCCCCCAGCACCAUUGCCUUCCUCUUCUCCACCGCGCUCGCCGUGCUUACCCCCCUCGCCGCCGCCAAACGCUGCUACAGCGGCGGAGAAUCGUACCGCUCUGUCGCCACCGGCCACGAAAUUCUCGAGGAGGCGGUGAAUGCCUGCGACAUCCUCGAGGGGAUCUACGUCUCUGGCGCCAGCCGUCCUCACUGCAGCAACCUCCAGUCGGGCAACCGCGUCAACUGGGAGGUGACCAACGAAUCCGGCUCGAAGGCCAUUCUUUCCUCAAUCGACUGCGUCGCUGCCUUGAGAACCGAGAUUGAGGCCUGCCCGCGCGGUAGUCUGCAGAAUUACGGUCCCUUCUUGUUUAAAUACGACCCCAACGCGGGCGCUUGCUAG